UAUAAUCUCAGACUUCACCUUUCAACUUCAAGAUAAUGGCCUGGUCGGUGCAUUUUGAAACCAUUGCAUUUGUAACUUUUCACAGGCCCAAUCUACAAUAUGAAGAAAAAUAUAUAUAUCUUCAACCACCAUACAUAUUCUAAUUAUACUUUAUUAUUUAAAAUCUGAUUUUGUUUAUGAUGUUUCAAUAAGCUACCAGUUUAUCACCAACAUGUAUGUUUGGUACACGACAAGAAAUGUGUGUAUAUAUAUAGAGAGAUCCCGAGAUAUAUCCUUUAAAGUUCAAACAAUAUUAAUCGUUGUCUCAAAGAGUUCAAAAAAUUGAGAAAGUGAUGGUGGCUAGUGAACAAAAGAAGAGGGCAAGCCAAGGGAAACCUCAUUUUCUUAAAAAUCUCACCCACUUUAAAUUUAGUAUACAUGAACAGAGCAUGGUUAUUAGGGAAGCUCUUCUAUACAUAGCCAUGCUCAAACUCGAGAUAGAAGCUUUGCAGAGAGAAUAUGAAGAUCUCAAGAUUACCAAAAAAGAAUCUUUGCACCAAUUUCAGGAGGUGAAGGUAGAGAAGAUUGGGGAAAUGUUUCAAGUAAAAAUAAAAAGUCCACGGGGAGAAAACAAUCUUGUGAAUAUUCUUGAAGCAUUUGAAGAAAUGGGGUUGAAUGUGGCUCAAGCAAGGGCAUCAUGCCUAGAUUCAUUUGCCAUGGAAGCCAUUGUUGCACCUCAAUCCAAAGACAAGCUUUGUAGUGUGGAUGAUUUGACUCAAACUCUUGUCAAAGCUCUUGUCAAGCCAAGUGUCCCACUGUAACAUUUAGAAAAUAAAAAAAUAAAAGGACUUAAAAGGGGGAAAAAGCUCAAGAAUGUGUUUCAUAUUCACUGGUGAGAUGAAGUAUGUCCAUGCUUCUAAAGUUGUAAGUCGAGUUUGAAAAAUAGACUUUUAAAUAUAUUUUUAAGGUAGCUACUUCAAAUCUAUUUCAAUAAUUGUUAUUGUUAGGAUUUUUAAUUUCUUAAACUACCAACAUUGAUUAGGAAAAAUAAAUUUUGAUUUUAAACUCAAAACAAACCUUGAAUCGACGAUGCUUAUCACCUCUUUGACGCGGAGUUAGAUGCAUUAGUUAAGGCCAUGAAAUGUACUCUUGCGAAAGGAAUAGUCUCAAUGGUUUUCUAAUCC